AGAGCUAAAAUGACAUGUGGGCACAUAUUGACCCCAGAAAGUAUGGCUGAUUACUGUAGAAGUAUAUUACAAGCAAAUAAGCACAUCAUACAAUGCCCCGCCUACACAUGUCAAUCAGAGUGGCCGUAUUUCGUUGUCAGGCACAUUUCUUCGUUUGCACUGAGAGCAAGUGAACUGGAAGAAUUUGAUAUAAUGCUUUCUGAAAGAUACUUGAACAGAAACAUUGGAAUUCAGAAGUGUCCAAAAUGCAGUACGUACAUUAUGAAGGACGCCACUGUUAAGACUAACAAUGUUUUCUGCCAAAUCUGCUCCAAGAAUGGAAAAAAAAAAUUUUUUUGCUGGCUUUGUUUGCAGCCUUGGCUCAGUGAUCAAGAAAGCAGCAAAUGUGGAAAUUUGAACUGUAGUGACGUAGAUAAAAGAAUUACAAUUUUACAAGAUUGUCCUAAUAAAGUCAUACUGAAUCGUGAUGCUCCGUCGAUUAGGGGUUGUCCUAAAUGCGGACUUCUGCUUGAAUACAAAUCUGCUUGUUCUCAAAUCUGCUGCAAAGGCUGCAAGCAUUAUUUCUGCUUCUUCUGUUUGAAAGGGGCGACAAGCAAAGCCCUGCUGACUUGUGAUCCUUAUAACUCAUCCUGUCAGAUUGCCCCCAAGCAAACCUUUUUGCCU